CAGAAAAACGCUGCUGUCUUCUUCUGCGUUUCCUCCACGGCUCACUCAAAACAAACACAGCGGUUGUUUGACACAUAAACACUCCAUAGAGUCGGAGAUUUGGAGAAAUGUGAUAGAUUUGCGUUAUAUUUGCACUAAGCGGAAGAAAUGAAGCUGGACAUGACCGACUGAGGUCAGUGGCUGCCAAUUUAACGUUGCUGUAAGUUGUCGAGCUUCACUGCUGUUGCUAACACAACGAGCUGAACUUGGCAGGUCCAGAAAGCUUCCUGAAAGCGGGAUAAUUGGCCUUUUAAAGUAACAAGUACGAGGAACGUGCUUGUGAUGUAAUCAUUUCACCACACUGGCCGUCUGCACGAGCUACCUACUGAGGGAGGGGUUUGAGACCAUUCUCUUAUCACAGCGAUGGACGAGGACACCCCAACCCUGAAACCUAGACGGAUCCAGAAUCAAAACGUGGUCCAUCGUCUUGAGAGGCGUAGGAUCUGCUCGGGUCGACCAGGAGCUCACUGGUACCGAGUGCGCUGUUUCCACAAGAACCUGUUCCCUAACUUUACUGUAGUCAACGUUGAGAAGCCCCCCUGCUUUCUUAGGAAGUUCUCACCUGAUGGACGCUGCUUCAUCGCUUUCUCCUCUGACCAGACGUCUCUGGAGAUAUAUGAAUACCAAGGCUGCCAGGCAGCUCAGGACCUGCUGAGAGGCCAAGAGGGAGAGACCCUUCUAACAGCCAACGACCAACGUUCCCUCAACAUCCGAGGUCGCCUGUUUGAGCGCUUCUUCUCCUUGCUCCACGUCACUAAUGUGGCCUCAAACGGAGAACACCUCAACCGGGAGUGCAGCCUGUUCACAGAUGACUGCCGCUAUGUCAUCGUCGGGUCGGCCGUGUACGUCCCAGAGGAGCCGCCGCCGUACUUCUUUGAGGUGUAUCGCAACAACGAAUCCGUGACUCCGAACCCUCGGUCUCCUUUAGAAGACUAUUCCCUCCACAUCAUCGACCUCCACACCGGCAGGCUGUGUGACACCAGGUCCUUUAAGUGCGACAAGAUCAUCUUGUCCCACAACCAGGGCCUCUACCUCUACAGAAACAUCCUGGCUGUGCUGUCGGUCCAGCAGCAGACCAUACACGUCUUUCAGGUGACUCCAGAGGGAACGUUUUUGGACGUAAGGACUAUCGGGCGGUUCUGUUAUGAGGAUGACCUCCUGACUCUUUCGGCCGUUUACACAGAGGCUCAGGCCGAGAGCCAGCCAGGCUUCCCGCGUCUUUACACUGACAAAACCAUCAACUCCCUCAAGCACAGGCUGCUGGUCUACCUCUGGAGGAGGGCUGAGCAGGACGGCAGCGCCACCGCCAAGAGGAGAUUCUUCCAGUUUUUUGAUCAGCUGAGGAGGCUGAGGAUGUGGAAGAUGCAACUGUUGGAUGAACAUCACCUCUUCAUUAAAUACACCAGUGAAGACGUGGUCACACUCAGAGUCACGGACCCCUCACAGCCGUCGUUCUUCGUGGUAUACAACAUGGUGUCCACAGAGGUGCUGGCUGUCUUUGAGAACACCUCCGACCAGCUGCUGGAGCUGUUUGAGGAUUUCUGCGACCUGUUCAGAAACGCUACGCUACACAGCCAGGCCGUCCAGUUCCCCUGCUCCGCCUCAUCCAACAACUACGCACGGCAGGUCCAGAGAAGAUUCAAGGACACCAUAGUGAACGCUAAAUUCGGCGGCCAUACGGAGGCGGUGCGUCGGCUGCUGGGUCAGCUGCCCAUCAGUGCCCAGUCCUACAGCAGCAGCCCAUACCUCGACCUCUCCCUCUUCAGCUACGACGACAAGUGGGUGUCUGUUAUGGAGAGGCCCAAGACCUGCGGAGACCAUCCCAUCAGGUUUUACGCACGUGAUUCGGGCCUACUGAAGUUUAAGAUCCAGGCGGGCCUGCUGGGACGGCCGGUGAACCACGCCGUGCGUCGCCUAGUCGCCUUCACCUUCCACCCUUUCGAACCCUUUGCCAUCUCUGUCCAGCGCACCAACGCAGAGUAUGUGGUCAACUUCCACAUGAGGCACGUGUGUGCGUGAGGAGCUUGUGUGUGUGUGCAAAGACGGCAAAAAAAACUAAACUCAGAGAGCCUGCGGACUCACAGUCGGAAGAAAGAUGCAGGAUGGUUGAGAUUCUGUCAGCACCGGUCACGUACAAAAAACAUGUUUGUCGUGUUUGUCGCCCUCCCUCCUCUCCAGAGAAAUCAGCAGUCCUCUCGCUGCAUUCUCCUCCCAAUGGAAACCACUGUUCCUCUCCUCUUUCCCCCUCCAUCAAACAGUGGUCACUCUACUCAGCAAGAAGGCGACAAUUCUGCCUUUUACUUUUGUCUGCAGCGCUUUGCCUCCUCUCUCCCCCUUCCUCCAUGGAACAAAGAGCGACCUGUAGGGAGGAGAGGCUAGAAUAAGUGUAAAUGGAGAUGUAGAGAGAAUGAUUGAUGUGCGGUGGAGGUGGGAGCAGUAGGUAGCCGGACUUCUUGGAAGGAACCAAAGGUGUUUUCUUUUUCCUACUGUGCACUGAAAGCUGCACAUUUAUAUCAGAAUUGUUUAUUUAGUUGGUCCAUGACCAGCUCUCCAACAAACUUUCUUUUUCUGACAUGGAUGGAGAAAAAGGUAUUUUUUUUU